AUGUUUGGUAUCAAGAAGAAGCUCUCCUCGCUCAUCCCCAACGACGCCAGAGCCCACCUUCAAAACGUGUUUACCGUCGAAUGGGAAGACGGGAACAAGACCGUUCUCGUUGAUGUGGCCGAUACAGACAAGCAGCAGCAUGAAAUGGAAAUGAGCGGGGUGGGGGCUGGAGGUGGAGGGGCCUAUGGCCGGUUGGCGGACGAUGAGGAGGAGGACCGAUACACGCGCCCCGUCCUUCGAACACGAAAGUCUUCUCAGAAGCUCAAUUCUUCCUCGAAAAAUAUGCCUUCCCUGCCCUCCAUCUCUCGAAAAUCCACGUCCGAAUCCCACGCCCCUUCAUCAGCUUCCACGUUCCGGGCCAACCCAUCUGGUCCCAGCCGCUAUGGGAGGACGAACCCCUUUGAGGGCAGCGCGGACGAUGACCCUUCUCCACAGACCUCUUCCAGCUCCACCUACACCUCUUCCCCUUACUCUACCACAUCUCCCAGAUUCCCUCCAUACUCGUCCUCUUCUCAAUCCUUCUCGCAGGGAGGAGCGUCAGGACACGGCUCGGGGCAAGAACGGAGAACAGCAGAGAACCCUUGGCAGACUUUUAGGUCGGACGAGGUGGACAUGUUGGGUGGCGGCGAGUCUGGAGUCGACAGUCCCACGAGUUCAUCUGGGACGCAUUCCAAUGGCAGCGUGGGAUAUGAAGUGUACAGGAGUAGCAGGACCAACACCCUCAGAUGA